AUGGUGGCCAGUGAAUUUCUGGGUUAUGUGCAGUCCUUCUCCGCGUGUACCUACGUGGGCGUGGAGGAUCUAGCGGACAGGGCCAACUUCCAGUGGAACGUCAUCGUCCUCCUGCUCUGCAUGUUGCUGGUCACCGUAAGACAGUACUUCAUGGCACCGCUGGUCUGCUACCUGCCAACCACUGUCAGCGGCGGCAACGCGGAGUCCUAUGUGACCAACCUCUGUUGGGUGGAGGGCACCUUCCCAAUAAAUCUAACCUCCGGCGAGGUACCACAUACCCUCAAGCAGUGGGAUGCCAUGCGACCGUUGCAAAUGAGUAAGUCGAUGUAAUCGGUGGACGAAGGCCCUCCCCCCGUUCCCAUUCACGUCUCGAACAUAGUACAGCACUGAGACUAGCGGCUAUUUGUUAGAUUGCAAUUGUUUUGGAGGUUAAAUAACAUAGAAUGUACUCAGGUGGUUUUAAUUCCAUUAUGAUGUGUACUCUUUCGUGCUUCUUUAAGCGACAACUUUGAGAAUAUCGAAACUGUCAAUGUGUUUAGGGCGUUUAAACCUUUGAGGUCGGGAACAGUAAGUCUUCAAUUUCCUAAGUCUAAAUUCAUGCACUUUUUAGAGUUUUUGAAAUAUCAACCUGAAAAAUAGACUCCUUAUUUAAAAUCGACCGGAGAGUCUGUUAAAUGCCGGUUUUGUCGACAAAGACAAACCCCUGGUAGUUCCCAAGCACCGACGAGUCUUAGACUCGCUUGUUAGAAUAGCGAGGGGGUUAGGUUUGGCUGUUACGAAAUAAUGUCCAUUGGACACAUCCAACCAAUAAAUGUACGAUCGGAAUUGCCUAAACUCGUCAUACGUGUCGUAUUGUAAUUUUGUAGACUUGAUUGUCCGCGAACCAGACAGUAAAUGUUAGUCUUCUACGGUCUGUUACAUUUGAACUGGCGGUCGGUACUGCCCUUUUAUGGUUUUUUGCCUAUCAUAGCGAGUCGAUACUUCACCAGGUCAAAUCGAACGAAUUCUCCGUUCAAAAACGGCCAGACUUGCCUGGACACGCCGUCAUCAGGUUCAAGUCAUGUCACUUGGUGCUUCGCCCCUCGCACUUGUUCCAUGACGGAUUGUUACAUGGUCCGGUAUGGGACAGCGAACUGGUGGUGUGCCGUCAACUUUCCAGGAUGGAGAACCAUUAUCGAAUGUAGCAUUCAAAUAGGACUGCAGUUUGAUAGGUUCUAGUAGACACCUUUUCGCUACAUGACCUCUUCGUUGCCACACAAGCCCCUCGUGGAGUGCGCGUUGACGAUCACGAGAUCUGUGAAGACGCUGAUAGCAAUUACUAGUCAUUAAUGCGGCUGCAUAAGAUCGGUUCGUCCUACCUAAAAGCAUAUCUCUACUAGUCAGACAGCCCAGCUGUUUUGUUUAUGGCGAACACCCGCAAACUGGAUCCCCUCGUCUGACCUUUUGCGGCACUACGACCAUUCAGCGCUAAAGAUAGCCUCAGUACGGCAAAACGGGCGCCGAGUAGAGACGAAACCUGAAAACACUUGCUCUUUUUUUACAGGCUACUGCCGACAACCAAGUUAAAAGUCCGCACUAAACCAAGAAGGAGCACAUACACUAAUCUUAAGCCAGUGGAGGUGUUGAGUACGUUAUUUUACCAGGACCACAAACGUUAUAGGAAGGCCCGCCUAUCCACCUCCAUCCUCUCCUCUUGCAUGCCCUCUUCCCUGCGUCAUGGCCGGCUGACUCAUCCUUGGGGGAGGGGGGCAUGCGAAAGAGAUGGGAGUGGGGAAAUUUACGUGUGGUGGGCCGGGUGGAGGCGUCUGCAACCCUGUCCCACACGCUGCUGCUGCCGCUGCUGCUUACUCAUUCCGGGCAGCGGGAGGGACACCGCGCGCGCAGUCGCGGCCACUUCUGGACUUGGCUGGACUGUUCAGCCCAACGCGGCUAACGUAAGGCAAAUGAAGGUUCUAGAGCAUAUUGUGGGCCAGCCCAUAAUAGGAGAGGUCACCUAGGGGUAUAAUUGCACCAAACACGAAACCUUCCUACGUUGUGACAGUUCUACAGCUCCAAGCCAGUCCAAAGGGCCUUGUUCUUCUCUACACGAUACCGUCGUGCUAGCACAUGUUGUAACGAUUGUCAUCAUAAGUGAUUCAGCUGACUCCACGUCACACCACUAAUGUUCGCCUCCCAUUGCGGUUGCUCGGCGACGGACUCCCGAGCAAAGUUAAGCAAAUCGACUCUCCAGUCCCACAGAUCGAAGACCGUAGGACCAGAGACGCUGUUGGGGUCAGCUCUGAUCACCUUUUCAGUUGGUCACUUCGGUGCCGUCGCCAGCCAACAGAAGAUCCGACGCCAGAUAGCGACGUGCCUGAGUUAACAUUUAAGUUUAUGAGGGUGUUAUUCGGGUAAGCCGGUGUGCUUAGUUUAUGCGGGACAGAGGCGAUGAUUUGUUUGUCCAGUUGAACGAGGAGCAUCACUCCCCGUGGGGGGCAUCAACGGACUGCAUUUGAUCCCUCGCACAAUUUAGAUUAUGGUGAGGGUGAUGUGCGUAGCACCGAUCUCACUCGCUGCCAAAAAGAAGAUCCAACUUACUGAAAAUGGAUGAGCGCAAAGUGACCCUGUCGUUCGAUAAUUAAUAUUUUAUGGCUUGCAUCCGGUUUCUUGUAUGGACCGCAUUUCAACUGCGUGAAGUCUACGGACAAGGAGUGAAAAUAGGUUAGCGCGUUGUCCAGCGCUGGCUCAGUUGAAUCCCAUCCUAGGCACCAACACACGCACACUAUAACAGUAAGAGUCGAAAAGAACGUGAUAAAAGCUGGUUUCCAAACAACUUGGGAUCAUAGUUAAUAUUCAAACGGCAGCACUCAUUGAAACCGUUUGCGUACGGCCCUUUUGUGCGCAUGUCAGCUUUUAGCCACCUCGGAGAUGUUUCUGACCAUGUACAAAACGGUCAGAAGUAUCUUCUAAUAAUUUCACAAGCAGCCAACGAACUGUUCAACCCACCUCUACAAUAAUGGGACAGGAUUUGUCCAAUAUAAGUCAAAGGAGCUGGCUGUAAAAAAUAGACUAGUCGGAAAAGGAAGCUUGAUCUACCCGAGCGCCGUUUCUCCCGCAACUAAUGGACGCCAUUUCAAAGGUUUAUUCCGUAUUCCUAAUAGACAAGAGUUGUCGUGUUUUGGCAUCACAGUUGUUUGCAAAUGGGUCGAUCUAAAAAUCGAUACCUCCCUUCCCCAUACUUACAACCCGCCGCCUACACCCCGUCUUCUUUCCGCUUUUAGACUAUUACCAAUGGGUGCCGUUGGUUCUUGGUCUUCAAGCCAUCAUGUACUACUUGCCGAGGAUAAUCUGGAGCAUUUUUACCUACAACCGGACGGGCACCGACCUUCAGAAUGUCAUUCGUUCGGCCAAUGCCGCCUCCAAGGACGAGGGCGAGAAACGAGAGAAAACGGUCCGCCAUCUGGCCAAGAGUCUCGAACUGAUGCUAUUCAGUCGCCGCGAAUACCAUAACCGCGGUGCUCGAACCGAGCGUCUGCUUGCUCUCCUGCCCGGAAAGCGACAUGGCAACAAUCUCAUCUACUACUACCUCGGCAUCAAGCUGCUCUACGUGCUGGUGGGUUUCAGCCAGCUCUACCUCAUGUACGUUUUCCUGCGUUUUGACUCCCAUGAGGGCUACUUCUUCUUCGGCAUCCGUAUUCUCGCGGACAUUACUCGCGGAAAGCCCUGGACUGAGACGCAGAUUUUCCCCCGCGUGGGUAUGUGCCGACACACCCUACAGCACGUGGCUGCCAGCAAUAAGCUCUUUGCACAGUGUGUCCUCCCAAUCAA